AUGCGAUCAACCGCGUGGCCGCUCUGCAUAUUGAGUGUCUUCGCGCCUCUCGCUGCGGCUAGCGUCGACAUUGACUGGUCAUCAGAUGAUUCGAUAAAACAAGGGGCGGGGACCAUCGCAUGGGGGAUGCUACAAUGGUAUACGGGCAAUAAUACCGGCGACGUGCCUGGCAAUUUGCCGGACCCGUACUACUGGUGGGAAGCAGGAGCAAUGUUCGGGACUCUUGUAGACUACUGGGCCUAUACCGACGAUGAAAGCUACGUCGACGAGACAUACCAAGCCAUCCAGCACCAAAUUGGAGAUGACGGCGACUUCAUGCCCGAGAACCAGACCCUCACGGAGGGAAAUGACGACCAGGGAUUCUGGGCGAUGGCUGCCAUGACAGCAGCCGAGACAAAUUUCAAGAACCCCAACUCGACCAAGGAGGGAGGAGUCGAGUGGCUGGCGUCCGUCCAGGCCGUCUUCAACGAGUACGUCUGGCGGUGGGAGCAAUCGAACGACACCUGUGCCGGCGGUCUGCGGUGGCAGAUCUUUACGUUCAACACCGGAUACACCUACAAGAACACCAUCUCCAAUGGAUGCUUCUUCAACAUCGCCGCAAGGCUCGCCUUGUACACGGGAAAUGAGUCUUAUGCCGACUGGGCGACUACUGUGUACGACUGGAUGGAUGACGUGGGGUUUAUCGACAAGGAUUUCAACGUUUACGACGGCGCCGACAGCAAGGAUGGGACGUGUUCAAACCCCGACAGGGCUCAGUGGACAUACAAUGCCGGAAUCUUCAUGCACGGGGCGGCAGCGAUGUACAACCACACCGGCGGCGGUGAGCUCUGGGGAAACCGCGUCAACGGGCUCAUCAAGCGGACAUCGACAUACUUCUUCAAGAACAACAUCAUCUCGGAACCACCUUGCGAGCCCCAAGAUAGCUGCAGGACAGAUAACUACUCGUUCAAAGGGUACGCGCUGAAGUGGAUGGCCAAGACCGCUCAGCUGAUGCCGUCCGUCCGCGAUACCCUCAAGCCGAUGCUCCUGGCCUCGGGGAAAGCUGCGGCAGCCAGCUGCACUGGGUCCGCUUCGGGAAGUGCGGGCGCCACGCUUGAUGGUAUUGCAUGUGGGUUCAAGUGGACGGGGAGCACGAAUGACGGGACCAGUGGGAUAGGCCAGCAGAUGAGUGCCUUACAGGCCGUGCUGUUCACGAUAGAUGGCCCCGCGCCGCUCAGUGCCAAGACUGGUGGAACAUCAACCGGCGACUCGAGUGGCGGCAGCGACAAGACGGACAAGAGCAUCGACCCCACGCCUCCCAUCACGACAGGAGACCGUGCAGGAGCCGGGAUAUUGACGGUCAUGGCACUGGCAGGCAUGCUUGGCGGAUGUGGGUGGAUGAUCAUGGACUAG